UCGCGCAAAUCGUGGCUCAAUUUCGGACGCGUGUCCGGUUUGUUGUUAUCGAAUCAGUGUGAUAGGAAGAAUGUAAUGUGUGCUAAAUACUGACCAAACAUUGGCUCUCGAUUUGGUGGUGUGAAGCUACGGAACAAUGCAGCACCGCUGGUGCGACGAGCCCCGUUGGUUCACCCGUUGUUGGUCUGAAGUGAAUGGAAAUUGUUAGUUGGAGCAGAAUCGAACGUAAAGUGUCCGUUUGCGCUAGUGGUGAGUGUGCCUGCGUUCGUGUGAGGAAGUGCGUUUAAAAAAGGAAACAAGUUGGCCGUGCGGCGUUAGAGAGUUGCGCUCCCGAACAAACUGUCCGUCAAAAUGGUGUCCUACUAUAAUCACUUCGCGAUGUACCCAAAGAACCACAGCGGCAAUCUGUCGUACUCGGCCACAACCGGCUGGUAUCCGGGUAAUUACCAGCACCAGCCACCCCACCCGCAGUUCAUCGGCGACGGCGAAUCGUCCCCGCAGCCCAUGUACUACGCCCAUCCGCACGUGUUCCACCCGCAGUCCAGUCCGGACUGGAGCGGCCACGAAAACUUCUCGACGCCACCCCAAACGACCCUGUUGACCCACGGGCCCAGCCCGGGCGGUGGGGGCGGCGGCGGAGGUGGAGGGGCCGGGUCCGGCGUCGGGCUCCACCUGGGGCAGGCGGCGGCCAACCACCUGCACCACCACCAUCACCACCUUCAUCACAGUAGCGGCGGGAGCAGCAACAACAAUGCGAACGGCGGCAACAACCACGGGCACGACCACCUGGCCGACGGGCUGCACAGCAUACCGUCGCCCCCGAUCACGGUGUCCGGCAGCGACAUGUCCAGCCCGGGCGCGCCGACGGGAUCGGCGUCGCCACAGAUCACGCCGCGGCCAACGCCGGUCAAGAGCCCGUACGAGUGGAUGAAGAAGCAGUCCUACCAGAGCCAGCCAAAUCCAGGACUUCUCAACAUCUGCUCGGCCCCGUCACUGCAAGACUUCGCUCCCGUGGAGCCCGGUGGAAAGUGGAAAACACGGACGAAGGACAAGUACCGGGUGGUGUACACCGAUCAGCAGCGGCUCGAGCUCGAGAAGGAGUUCCACUACACGCGCUACAUCACGAUCCGCCGCAAAGCGGAGCUGGCCCAAAAUCUGCAGCUCUCGGAGCGCCAGGUGAAGAUCUGGUUCCAAAACCGGCGCGCCAAGGACCGCAAGCAGAAGAAGAAGGCGGAGAACGGCAGCAUCGGGGGGCUCGGGGGCCCCCAGUCGCUGGUGGUGGGCCACUCGCAGGCGGCCCAGAACCACGCGGCCCACAGCCUGCUGGUGGACACGAAGCCGAAGCUCGAACCGUCGCUGCACCUCUCGCAUCUGCACCAGAUGAGCGCGAUGAGCAUGAGCAUGGGCUCGAUGGGCCUGCACCACCCGGCCCACCAUCCGGCCCUGCACACGCACCUGGGCGUACCGGGGUCGCAGCACUCGCACCUCAACCCGCAGUCCGCCGGCGCCCAGGUCCCGGUGCCGACAUCGCUCAGCAUAAUGUGAUGCGGCUAAGGGCCCGAGGCCGAGUGCUUAAUUUAUUUCUGCCCGCAGGCGCAGCCCAGGACCACUGGACCCUAACCCUGUCCUCGAGACCCAUCAGCACCGCUUCAUAACGCCACCGCUUCGAACAGACGCACAAAAAACCCACAAACAGAACGCCUUACGAACUCCCGCGCGGAUCGAGAUUAGGACGAUCCGGCCGUCGCUGCACUGUGGGCGAAGAAUGUCGAACCAAUAGUUAACUAAACUAAUCCGUAACCUGGGUGGGAAUGGGGGGGGGUCCACCGGAGAUUAGCUAAGCGCGCGUCGGGAACAAACCCGUUAGGGGUAGGAUCAUCGCGAAGAAGUCGAUCGAUCGCCGAUUAAAAUAACGACCAGAGAGAGAGCGAGAGAGAGGGCGAGGAGUUAGUAAUUGGUAGGUAGCGACAGAAGCGAGACAGCAGAACACUACAAAAUAAAAUCUGUAAUUCAAGUGCAAUGUAUAAACAAAAUUGAUAUACUUUUAAUCGAACAUGGGACACGCCCUUCCCUGAGGGCGCCCAGGACUAGGACUAGUAGUAAUGGUAGUAGUUAUAGCAGAGAUAGGCGCCGCAUACGGAAGUAAGUAAGUCACUACCGCACGGACCCCCGCUCGGCCUCCGGCACACUGACCUUGGCCACUGCGGAGGUUUAACAGCCCGUUUUAUUGCUUCGAAGACGAUCUUGUUCCCGCGGAUGGUUGCGUUACGUUCCGUUUUCCGUUAGGGGCCAGCGCGCCGACUGUGCGCCGAAUGCAUGUUAUAUUUGUACAGUUUGGCACACACCGAACGUCGGGGGCAUCCGGGGGUUAGGCAUCAGGCACUUAGGAUCCCGCCGGGGAUAUGCAAAAACACGUGACCUCUUCCGAUGCACCUUUCGAGCCCCCGGCCGUAGCCUUCUCUUUGCCUACUUUCUGUUCUAUUCUUACGUUUUUUUGAGAUUCAUCUCUAAGAGAUUGUGCUUUUUUGUGUAAGAGAACUAGGAAGCGUUAAUUGGCGGCACGGUGAACGGGGAGCGCCCGGCCAGCCGCUAGAUAGUGAGUAUUAAAGAUCGAUUAAGACAUUAUGUAAACGAAGAAGCAAAC